AUGGUGAAAGGCAUGCUUCACAUUCCUGAAGACGACUUUCUACCAGGUACUGCUGUUAAAGCCCCCUUUGUCUUCAUAGGAGAUGAAGCGUACACCCUUCUCAGACACCUGAUGAAACCUUUUGCCAGGAGAAAUCUUGAUUGCUCGAACGAAAAGUUCAAUAAAGUUCUUUCACGAACUAGAAAAACUGUUGAAUUUGCCUUUGUAAUUGCGGCUGCGAAGUGGCGAUUACUAAACAAACCAAUUGAAACUAAAGUAGAGACUGCAGAACUGAUUGUGAAAGCUGUUUGCGUUUUACAUAACAUGAUUGUGGACAAAGAGAAUGUACUGAACAAUGUGGAGUACAGAGACAUACUUCCUGGAGUUCAGCCAUCAAGAAGAAACAAUGUAGCUCCUGCUGAAGCUAUUGAGUGUUCAUUUAAUGAAGAAAGUAUUGUGUAA